ACUCGCAGGCGGGUGGCGGCGGCCGUGCUUGCUAGUGAGGGCGGGCGGGAGUGACUCACUGAGCGUGUGUGAGGGAGGGAGCGAGCGAGCGAGCAGCCCGCGCCGGCCUUCCGCAGCACCAGCCAGGCCACGCCGCCGCCUCUUCCCCUGCGCCCCGCGCCCAGGCCGGGCCGAGCCGGGUCGGGCCCGGGCCAUGCUGCUCACCGUGUACUGUGUGCGGAGGGACCUCUCCGAGGUGACCUUUUCCCUCCAGGUCGACGCCGACUUCGAGCUGCACAACUUCCGCGCGCUGUGCGAGCUCGAGUCUGGCAUCCCCGCAGCCGAGAGCCAGAUCGUCUAUGCUGAAAGACCUCUCACAGACAACCACAGAUCAUUGGCUUCUUAUGGCUUGAAAGAUGGGGACGUUGUGAUUUUACGACAGAAGGAGAAUGCAGACCCUCGACCUCCAGUGCAGUUCCCAAACUUACCCCGAAUAGAUUUCAGUAGUAUAGCUGUGCCUGGCACAUCAAGUCCCCGGCAGCGCCAGCCACCAGGAACACAGCAGUCCCACUCAUCUCCUGGAGAAAUAACUUCAUCUCCUCAGGGCUUGGACAAUCCAGCCUUGCUCCGAGGUAUGUUGCUGGCCAACCCGCAUGAGCUGUCCUUGCUGAAGGAACGCAAUCCACCCCUGGCAGAAGCUCUGCUCAGUGGAGACCUUGAGAAAUUCUCUAGAGUCCUGGUGGAGCAGCAGCAGGACCGAGCCCGGAGAGAGCAAGAAAGGAUUCGUCUGUUUUCUGCUGAUCCCUUUGACCUUGAAGCUCAGGCAAAGAUAGAAGAAGAUAUCAGGUAAUGAAUGACCUGUUCAUCUAAAGAACAAGACUCAGAGACUCCAGAUUUCCCAAACUGCAGGGUAUCUAACAUUAGUUGGGCAUCUGCUUGGAGGCAGCUUCUCUGUUUUGCAGUUGAGAUAGUAACCUCAGUCUUUUAGUUUAGUCUCUCCUCUUUCAUUUUCUACGCAUUUCGAUUCGACAUGACAAAGAUAUAGGUACUGAGUUUAAUGACUUUCUGUUCUAAAAUUUUAAGGAAGACUCCCUGACUAGCAGACAGAGCAUCAUAACACAGUUCUAGAUAAAUGACCCCCAGACUGAGCAGAAACCACCCUCUGGUGAGACCGCAAGGCUGGUUGCAUAUUACAUGGGCUGAUUUGACCCUCUUUCUUUAGACAUAUUGUGUAAGUCCUGACUAAAUCCAGGUCUUAAACAUGAUUGGAUUAGAGAGGGCUCUGAGCUGAUGGAACAUUGGUAGUCCUAAGUCUGUUUUCCUGCUGCAUUUCUUGUACUGGCCUCAGUGGAUAAACUGAAUAUUGGACAUGUUUCCAGCCCUCAGUUUCUGUAAUGCAGUGGUUCUCACCUGGGGCUAUAGUAAAAUCAUAUGAGAAGCUUUUAAAAAUGCAGAUGCUUGGGCUCUUCUCCCAAAUCUGAUGAAUCAGAAUUGUUGGGCAUGGAGCUCAGGCAAGGACAGUGAUGCCGUUCCGGCCUCAGUCACACUGAUAGUCACAAGCAAGAUUCUGUUCAGUCAUUCUCUGAAAAAAA